AUCCGUAUGAUAAUGUCAAGUACCGUUUUUAUUGCGGUAUUGGUGGCACAGUAGGCUUGCUUCGUAAGUUGAACGCUCUUUGCUUCAACCUCGUAAGGCCAUUUUCGUUUGAACAUUCAAAGGUGAAACAUCUUGUGAGAGUGCUCUGGAAGUGUCUUGAAAGUAUCCUAGAAAGCCACGAGAUUAUUAAUUCUUUAGUCUUCAGUUCCAUUCAUCGAAGCUUGUACAAAAUGGUGGUUGGCUUGGAAGAAUCGAAGGUGGGUGUUGACGAGGAGCAGCACUAUGAAGAUAGCAGCUCCGACGAGUGCGAUACACCUGCCGGUGUGUUGUCCUCGAAAUUCGACAAAACUGACCUGUCGAUUAAUACCAAUCCGUUGCCACACGGCAAGUACACCCUGAUUGGUAUCGAUAUAGAUACGACGGGUCGUAGACUUAUCGAUGAGAUCGUACAGAUCUCGGCAUUCACCCCGGACAAACAGUAUGCGCAGUACAUUAUGCCACUGAUGAACCUGAACCCGGCUGCCCGUCAGCGGCAUCAGGUUCGGGUGAUUACGGUCGGAUUUUUCCGCAUGCUGAAGAGUAUGCAGACGUACCGCGUCAUGAAAACCAAGAUGGAAAUUGCAGCACUGAACGAAUUUAUCGACUGGCUCGAGGCACGUCGCCGCGAAGACGAAGGAUCCGAGGGCAUUGUUCUGGUGUACCAUGAGCAACGGAAAUUCGUACCGUACAUGGUCAUCGAGGCGCUGAAGAAGUACAAGCUGCUGGAUCGCUUUGCCGAGAGCGUCAAGUCGUUUGUGAAUGGGUUCAAACUGGCCGAAGAGAAGUGUACUAAAACUAUCAAGUACUUAAGCAUAAGUCAACUUGCGAAGCUAGUUUUGGACGAAAAAGAAGGUUCUCGUGAAGGAUAUGAGGGAAACGCAGCCUACCGUGCCAGGAUGGCGUUCGAAAUUUCUAGACGCUUGGCAACCGCUGAGCCGAAGGAAGCUGCGUCUGCUUCAUCAUCAACGGAAACGGAGCCCAAUGUUUCGGCCAGUUCUGAAGAAGCCACCAACUCAUCCUCCACCGCUGAAGAUGCCGUGAAGGUUGAAGGUGACAAGACAACCGAAACCGCCGAACACUCGGCGGAGGAAGAAAAUGAGCAGAAGGAUAGUGAGAAGAAAGAAGGAGCCGAUGCGCCUGCUACGGCUACUUCGACCAGCUCUGCAUCUCGUCCAUUGACCGAAGAGGAUCGCGAAAAGAUGUGCACUGUGCUUUGUGAAUAUGCAUCGCCUAUUUCCAACGAGAUAUCUGAGCUUGACGAGCAGGAGAAGAAUCUGGUGCGUCAGAAUUCAUUGAGACCGGUAUUUUUGCUCUAUUUUAAGACGACAAUCUACCAUAGGGUUAAGGCUGUUACGUACAGACGAGUACUGGCUGAAUCUGGCCACGACUACGAAUCUUUGCGUCAGCUCUGGCAAGAAAAGAAGCGCGAAGGUGUGGAAGCCGUCAUCAACGAGAUCGCAGAGUUGAAGGAAGACGAACGUUCCGAGCUGGUCGAACUGCUUGACUGUCACUACGAUCCGGACAAGCAAGCAUUCAAGCCGAUUGUGAAGCGCAUGAAGCGUCGUCCUUCCCGAGGACAACCCUUCUUCUCCAACAAAAAUGGCAAUGUUCCGCAGCAACAGAACGGAAACGCCCAGAUGGCUAAGGAAAAUCGGAAACCCUUCCACGGCUACCAAAACAACCAGAAGAACUUUAACAAUCAGCACAACGGAAACAAUAUGAUGAACAAGCAGCAAAACCAGCAUCAGAACCAGCAGCAUCAGCAAUACUACAACGGUCCGUCCUCGCCUGAGGCGAGUAUGCGCAAUGAAGGAGGAUCGCCUGGAAAGCGUUUCUACCAGCGCAAUUCUCGUCGUCGUCGCGGAGGAAAUGGACAGAAUCAGAAUCAGAACCAGAACCAGCAGAACGGCGGACAGAACCAACAGCCGAUGAAGAACCACAACGGUAAUCGCCAUUCGUAUGCGAACUCGAAUCGCCACAACAACCAUCAGUUCCAACAGCCUAUUCCGAGUCAUGCCUAGGGAAGCAGGAAGGAGCUAGGAUUGUAGGAAGCUUUAAGUAGUUGAUGUCUCUGGAUGCUGUUGCACAGCAGUAGAAGAUGCAGUAGUAGAUCACACCCGAUUCAUACAACACCGAAUUCAGGAAAAUGGCACGGAAUACGAAACAUUUUAGAAACACUCAUUCAAGUAGGAUUAAGGAUCAACACGGUAGUAUAGUCGCCCUCUCUUCCGGUACUGUUGUCUUCGUAUUUUAGAAUCAGGUACAAGCAUCGCUUCAUCAGCAACAUGUCCUUGGUAUCGGGUCAGGAUAGUCGUUUGGCGUGGUUUGACCAGAAGAAGGUAAGCGCGCACCUUCCGCUGGUCUCCAGCCAACGUUCCGGACCUUCGUUUUAGCUACCUCAAGGAGUCUAGGACAGUUGUGUGUGAUGCAGAAACCCCAUUUUAAUAUUGUGUAAAUUAUUUCCACUACGUAGCAAUCGUUACCGAACUGAGGCGACUAACGUCUUUUAAAUGCCCAUAUGAGUGUGAGGCUCCGCUUUGUAAUGAAAUCAACGAAUUAUGUUAUGAUUGUUAAUUGAUGGAAGGUGUGCAGCGUUAGACGACCGGAAGCUUCUGGUAGGUUACGGUUCUACGUUGAUGCCAAUAUAUAAGAUGUUUUAUUGCAUAUCA